AUGUCUUAUGCGAUCUAUCCGGCAUCCCCAGCCGACGUGCCUGAAUGUUUCGCCGUCGCUCAAAAAGCAUAUGUCGACUUAAACAGCGUGAUAUACCAUACCAUACCCUUUUCACCCGAGACCACAGCCCUCAUGGUCCGCACCCGCGUGGAAGGCUUCCAACCGAGCCCACAAACCCGUAACUACAAGGCCGUUGAUUCCGAAUCGGGCGCCAUAAUCGGCUACGUACGAUGGACCGUGCAUGCCGAUGGCCAGAUCCUCGAGCAGACGGUUGGAGAAGCAGUCGAGGCGAGACUCACGCCUCGAAUUCCGGAGAUGCGGGAAGGCGUGGCGAGGGCAAUCCAUACGGCCGUACAACAAGAUAUCAGAGAGAUCCUGGGAAUCAAGGAAGAAGGGAAAGGAGAAGGUGAGUAUGGGAAUGCGGAAGUAAGGAAGUUAGCGCCCCAUGUGCAUGUCGACGCGCUCUUCACGCAUCCGGAUCAUCAACGCAAGGGGGUGGCGAAGGCGCUUCUGCAGAAGUGUCUGAGGGAGGCCGGUGAGCUGGGGAUCAUGACUUUUCUGGAGGCGACGCAGGAUGGAAAGCCACUUUAUUUGAAGUUGGGGUUUGAUAUCGUGCGAACGUGCGAAGUUGACCUGACCAAGUAUGGGGACAUUGCAAAACAUGAUCUUACGUAUAUGAGGAAAUUGCCGGAGAAGAGCUCCGACACAGCGCAAUGA